GCUCCUCUGCUUCACCCUGCCAAACUUAGUUUGGUAUGAAAUUCUGUAUCAAUUUCUUUUCUUUGCCUUCAUAGGUAAAAUAUUCAAGAUUGUUUUUGCUUUCUAUUAACAAUAUUGCCUUCCUUUUCACCACAAAAUUGCAUUGCCUUGUCAUUGGAAAAUUUUUUUGUAAGAUUUUAUGUUGGUCAGAAUCUGUAUCUAAUCUUAUAUGCUGUUUGUGAAAUUUUGUAAUCUUGGACAACUAGUUUCUCAUUUAGGGGUUUUAUUUAUCAUUCGUUUUCUAUUUUUUUAUACAGUUUCUUCUCUUUAUUUUUCCUAUCCACUUUUCAUUCGGAGGAUGAAUUUUAUUCUGUGGAUUUCUUACUUGAGUAUGUAUGGCUUUAAUAUUAAAUACUGUAAGAAAGCACAAGUUCCUAUUAUCUGUUCGAAGCCAUUCAACAAAUCAAAGCAAUGUUUAUUUUAUAACAUUGUGUUCUUGUGAAUUUUCUGACAUUUCACCAUACCAUAAGAUUUGUGUAGUCUAAUAUAUUUGUUGUUUGCAUGUUUGCUAUAUUUGCUAAUUAGUGGUCUUACAUAACUAUUAAUGUAGUACUAAUGUUCUUAUUGGUUGAUUACAAGAUGGAGAAAGCAGGAGAUGCUGAAGAAGCAGGUAAAUCCCCAUUUCUGCCCCACCCACCUCCAACAAUACCAUCCAAUGUGAAUCCAGAUGGAAUGAAGCCUCACAAGUAUUCUAUUGCUAGUAGGCGUGGGGUUGGGAUGAGUGGACAACAAAUAUCCCUGCUCGCCAAUCACUUCAAAGUUUCUGUCAAUGCCACAGAUGCAGUAUUUUACCAGUAUACUGUUACAAUUUCUUCAGAAGAUAAAGUAGUUGAAAGCAAGGGGAUUGGGAGAAAACUCGUUGAUAAGCUUUACCAAACAUACUCCUCCGAACUUGCUGGGAAAAGGUUUGCAUAUGAUGGUGAGAAGAGUUUGUAUACAGUGGGUCCUUUGCCACAGAACAAAUUUGAAUUUACAAUAGUGCUAGAGGAGUCAUUCGCAAAACGUGAAAGCAGGAAUCCUGAUGGUGAUGGGAGCCCUGUUGGGACUGGUAAGCGGAUAAAACAUUCUUUCCAGUCAAAGACUUACAAAAUGGAACUAAGCUAUUCUGCUAAAAUACCUUUGAAGUCGAUAUCUCUUGCCCUCAAAGGAGUUGAGUCAGAUAAUAGCUCUCAAGAUGCAUUGAGAGUGCUUGACAUCAUUCUGAGGCAACAAGCCGCUAACCGGGGGUGCCUUUUGGUGAGGCAGUCCUUCUUUCGAGAUGAUUCAAAGAAUUAUGUUGAUGUGGGAGGAGGGGUAUUGGGUCUGCGGGGUUUCCAUUCCAGUUUUCGUCCCACUCAAGGGGGCUUGUCUCUAAAUAUGGAUGUAUCUACAACAAUGAUUCUAAAGCCUGGACCGGUGAUGGAUUUUCUAAAACUGAACCUGAAUGUAAAUAAUAUUCGUUUUGAGAAUGAUGCUCAUUUCUGGCUGAAGGCCAAACGAAUGUUAAAGAAUAUGAGGAUUAAAACAACACACCGUAAUAUGGAAUUUAAAAUAAUUGGUUUGAGUGAGAAGCCAUGUUCUGAGCAAUACUUCCCAAUGAAAGUGAAAAAUGGUGACUGUUGUGAGGGGCAGACUGUUGAGAUCACAGUGUACGAGUAUUUCACUAAACACCUUGGCAUAGAACUUACAUAUUCUGCAAACAUGCCAUGCCUUGAUGUUGGCAAACCAAAACGGCCUAACUAUUUACCACUAGAGCUCUGUUCACUUGUUUCACUUCAGCGGUAUACAAAAGCAUUGUCUUCAAAUCAAAGAGCAACCCUGGUCGAAAGAUCCAGGCAAAAGCCUCGGGAUAGAAUACAAACUCUGACUCAUGCUUUGAGAAGCAACCAAUUCAAUGAGGACCCUGUGUUUUCUGCAUGUGGAAUUUCCAUUGGAAAGGAAUUGACAGAAGUUAAGGGUCGUGUCCUUGAGACUCCACGGUUGAAGGUUGGUAAUCGUGAGGAUUGCAUCCCACGAAAUGGACGGUGGAACUUUAACAACAAGAGACUUCUGGAUCCAAAAAAUAUUGAACGAUGGAUUGUUGUCAACUUCUCUGCCCGCUGUGACAUCAGUCGAAUUUCAAGGGAUCUUAUCAGUUCUGCAAGAAACAAGGGCAUUGAAAUGGAACGCCCACACACAUUGAUUGAGGAGGAUAGACAAGCUGCUCAAGCCAGCCCUGCUGCUAGAGUGGAAGCAAUGUUUGAGCAGAUUAUAGCAAAGCUUCCUGGCCCUCCUGACUUCAUUCUAUGUGUGUUGCCAGUGAGGAAGAACUCUGAUAUUUAUGGACCUUGGAAGAAAAAAUGUCUUUGUGAUAUUGGAAUUGUCACACAAUGCAUUUGCCCUGUAAAAGUUAAUGACCAGUACCUCACAAAUGUACUCCUUAAAAUCAAUUCAAAGCUUGGAGGCAUCAAUUCUUUGUUGGAAAUAGAGCAACCCUCAAAUCUCCCAUUGAUUAAAGAUACUCCUACAAUGAUUUUGGGAAUGGAUGUUUCUCAUGGCUCCCCUGGUCGAUCAGAUAUCCCAUCAAUUGCUGCGGUUGUUGGUUCGCGUUGUUGGCCUCUGAUUUCAAGGUACAGAGCAUCUGUGAGAACACAAUCACCAAAGGUGGAGAUGAUUGAAGCUUUAUAUAAGCCAUUACCAAAUGGAAAUAAUGAUGAUGGUAUUAUCAGGGAAUUGCUUGUAGAUUUCUAUAAGACGAGUAACGGUCACAAACCAAAACAGAUUAUUGUCUUCAGGGAUGGAGUAAGUGAGUCUCAAUUUAACCAAGUUUUAAACAUUGAGCUGGAGCAAAUCAUUAAGGCUUAUCAGCAUCUGGGGGAGACUGAUGUUCCCAAGUUCACAGUAAUUGUUGGUCAAAAGAAUCAUUACACUAAAUUAUUCCAAGCUAAUUCCCCUGAAAAUGUUCCUCCAGGAACAGUUGUGGACACAAAAAUUGUGCAUCCAAGAAACUAUGAUUUCUACAUGUGUACUCAUGCUGGGAUGAUUGGAACAUCUAGGCCAGCUCAUUACCAUGUCUUGCUUGAUGAGAUAGGCUUCUCUCCUAAUGACUUACAGAAUCUUAUCCAGUCUUUGUCAUACGUAUACCAAAGGAGCACAACUGCUAUCUCAAUUGUGGCUCCUAUUUGCUAUGCCCACCUUGCUGCACAGCAGAUGGGACAGUUUUUGAAGUUUGAGGAUCUGUCAGAAACAUCUUCAGCACACACGACAUCUGGAGGAAGUAUCCCCAUUCAAGACCUUCCCAGGUUGAAUAAGAAAGUGGCAGGCUCAAUGUUCUUCUGUUGAGGAUCUGCUGCUACUGGUUACUAAUUUUGGUAAACAGCUGCUAACUGUAGAAUGUAGAUAGUUUGGGUGGCUAGGGUAUACAUACAUUAGGCGGCAGGCAACCCCGGGUUUUUGCUUCAGUGGGUUGGAGAUUAUAUAUAUAUAUAUAUAUAUAUGAGUUCUUUACAAAAACAAAUCAACAUUUUUGCAUUAACCAUUUGAAAAAUGCUUAGAGAUGUUAAGUGAGUUACAUUCUUUCUUUUUAAUUUUGUUUAGGAGUAUAAAACAUCAUAUAUUAUAUUUAAUCUCAGUUCGUUACUGCUUAUUGAUUGCAUAUUUUCUACUCUUUCUACUAAAAAUUUUCCAUGGCUUUUGCUCAUUUGUUUUUUCGACGUUGGCUUCUAACUGGCUAACUCUAAUGAUCCUGCCACCGGUUAGAAGUUUCAAUCUGAUAAUUAUACUCUGUGAAUAAGGCUUAUCAUUUGACAUUGAGCUUAGAAAGAGAUGGUGGUGUGACUUUUAGCCUGUUAUUGCUUUGCAUCUUUCAUAAUUAGGGAGCUGUUGAAAAGACGCACAUCUCAGGUAUUGAUUGUAAAAGUAAAAAGCAUAAAUGGAAUUUACUGUAUUUUUUUUAAUUGAUUAUAAAUUGCUUUUAUGGCUUUGCUUUUAACUUCCUUGACCAGUUUCCAACUCUCCUUUACUUUGAGUAGAAAGGGUGAUAAUUGCCUAC